AUGCCACUGAUAUCAGUUGUAUCAAAUGUUGCUGCGAGCAAAUUCCCAGCUGAUUUCAAUGUGCAGUUCUCGAAGUUUCUCGCCGAAAUGCUCGAUAAACCGAUAAGCCGCAUAAUGCUGCUGGUGACGCCGGGCGCACAGCUAACUCAUGGUGCUACGCAGGAUCCGGCUUGCCUCAUCGUGGUGAGUACUUUCAUUUCACAAACAUUCAGAAACCUUACAAAAUAA